AUGGGCGCCGAACAGUCUCUGCUUCGAUUCCUCCGACGCAUCGUCCCUAAUGAUUAUGAUCGAAUUAACAUCACUGGAAGCUCCAAUCAGCUUCACGAGAGAAGUCAUAAUCAAAGGGUCGAUGCAGAGAGAGGGGGUACGUUUUCAAGAAUACCAUCUGAAUUUGAAGGCGUACCCGACAGAAUAAACUCCGAUCUUUUGUGGAACCGACAAGAUCUGAACAAUGUUCCAAUAUACUACCCAUAUAUUGAUAACAAUGACAACGACGGAACAAUUGAUCGGGAGUUUAUUCAUGUCGAAUUGGUUUCCAAUUGUCAAGAAGAAUCAGAAAUACAACUGGAGGAUUCUUCAAUUGACAAUAAUUGUAAUGUAUCGGAGUACAAUAUCAAUACGGAAAUAAGCAACACCUUAAGCGGACUGACCAGAAAUCUUCAACCAAAUGUCAUCAUGGAAGAAGGUCAAGUUUUCAUCCCAACUCUUUGA